AUGCAACUUGGUCAUUUUGUCCUGUCGUUCGCUGGUCGUGUGGACGGGAUUGCGCUGGGCCCAGUAAGCGCUCCGAAUCGCGAUCAACCAAUGACCGCUCAUGAUAUCCGAAACAUCGACCAUGAUGGUUUCUCUUUCCUCUCCCACGCGCGAUUGACUCUGGCGAAUGCUGUGGGUGGUCAAAAACAUCCGUUGUCCGCAGAGCCUGAUCGCGUGGAAAUGACACUUGGCCCUUGCACCGAGACCCGCGCCUUCGGGGACGCGCCACAUCCACAUUCCUGCUCUUCAUCUCGAGAACUCCACUCAGUUGCGUCGUUCGACGAGAUGAUCACCGCGUGGUUCUACUUAGAGGCUUUCCUUCCGCCUGUUCGCUUGGGUCUCAUCUCCGGCGAUGGCGUCGCGCCACUAGGCAAAAAGGAGCGCCCUUACUGCAGGACUCCGGGAAACUUUUCCGGGUCCAUCAAAGUUGACUAA